AGAAGACCUCAUCGAAGGAUGCCGCACUUGCAGAAUAUACAGCUGGAUUUUCCAUUGAAUCCCUUCCAUAUUCCAAAAUCUCUUUCUGCGAAUACCAUUUCCCUCUAUCGAAAGAUCUCGCACAAAAUGUGGCGCUGCUGCACUCAACUCUGCCAAAGUCCCAAGUUCCGGCGAUAUGUAAGGUUUCUCGAGUCGAGUCUGUGCCAGAUCUGAAGAGCAAUGAGCUAACAAAUUACGCAGCUGCCCCAUCUUAAAAAACUGAUUACAUUCGCUUUGCAAUCGUC